AUGGAUUUUAGAUGGAUUUUGAUUAUCGCCCUGCUUAGCGUCAGAGAUACAUUUUGUGAAACUUUUGCCAGUGUACCAUCGGCGUCUAUAGCUCCAUCGGAGGUGGAUUGUCAACCAUACGUAGAGAAAGCCAUCAAAGAAUUAGUUACUCCAGAACCUAUUGGAAGUACAGAACGCGACCACAACAUUCAGAAUGAAAGCCCCACAAGUGGAAGCACUCCAAAUGAUGAUGUUACAGGCUCGAGUUCUCAAGAUGGCAAUUCUCCGGAUGAUAGCAGAUCGAGUACACCACCCCAACCGGAAAAGUUCGAAAAAGAAGAAGAAGCAACCAGAGACGAAGUAAAUUUAAAUGAAGGUUUUAAUGAAAGAAAUGAAAUAAAAAAUAAUGUUAAUGAAGUAAAUGAUGCAGAAGAAAUCCGUCCACUUGAUAUAACUGAAAAAAAUCAAACCUAUAAUACUGCAGAAGAAGAUAGUGAAAUUGAAAUCGUUAGUGAAGAAGAAGAAAAUCCUGAAAAUAAUAGUGUAAGUGCAAUAGAAAAUGAAGUUACAGAACCUGAAAAAGAAUCUGUACCUAUUAUUUUAGACAAAGAUGUUGUUAACAAUAAUGUUGAAAUUAUAAUUGAUGUUGAAGAUAUAAAAAAUAAAAAUGCUGAUAAAAUAGUAGAACCUAUUGCAAAUAAGAUACAAGUAGAAGAAAAAAUAGAAGCUACUAAUGUUAACAAAAAUAUGGAAACCCCUAAACAAUCAUUUAAAGGAACAAAAAAAAGGAACCCAAAAUAUUGGAAGUUUGAUCCAGACGAUGAACCUGAAAAUUCUGUUCCAAUUGUAAAACCAAAACCAAAAAGAAAUUUAAAAUACUGGAAAAUUGAUCCCGAUGAAUUUCCACUUGAACAAGCGCCCAAACCAGCUGAGACUCCAAAAUUACGUAAUCCUAAAUAUUGGAAAUUAGAUCCAGAAGAAGAAAAAUUGUACAAGCUAGCGGAAGCUAAAAAGACUGAAGAUAUAAUAAAAUCAGUUCCUCAGAAAGGUAAAAGAAAUCCUAAGUACUGGAAGUUUGAUCCAGACGAAGAGGAAAUAGGAGUAGACAACAAAAAACCUUCGACAAUUGAUGAUACGUUAAAACAAAGUUCAAAUCAAAUGUUUAAAGGAACAAAAAAACGGAAUCCAAAAUAUUGGAAAUUUGAUCCAGAUGAAUAUGAAGAAGAAAUAAAAAAAGAGCCAGUAGCUAAACCUAAGCGAAACCCUAAGUACUGGAAAUUCGAUCCCGACAACGAACUCGAAGAACAUAAAAAAACGGUUGAAGAAAAUAAAAUAGAAAAAGAUACUCAUAAAAAAAAUAAAUAUUGGAAAAUGGACGAACCGACUGAGGAGAUAAAAAUAUUAGGAGAUAAAGAAGAAGACAAAACAAAACAGAACAAGUAUUGGGAAACUAAUGAAUCAAAUAAGGAUACAAAACAAAUUGAUAAAAAAGAAGAAGACAAAUCAAAACAGAACAAGUAUUGGAAAACAAAUGAACAAAAUGAGGAUACAAAAACGAUAGAUCAAAAAGACGAAGAAAAACCAAAAAAGAAUAAAUAUUGGAAAACAGAAGAAGUUGAAAAUAAUAUACCAAAUGAAGUAAUAAAACAAGAAGAACCAAUCGCGAAAAAAAAUAAAUAUUGGAAAACAGAAGAAACGGAAAAACAAAAUGAAGUGAAAGAUGAAGAUACAACAUCUAAAAAAAAUAAAUACUGGAAAACAGGAGAAAAACCCGUAGACGCAGUAAAAGAAAAAUUAAUAGAAACUCAAAGAAGUAUGUAUUGGAAACUAGACGAAGAAAAAAAAUCAUCAAAAUGGGAAAAACAAACUAUAAACGAAAAUAUCAAAACUACUGAAGAUGAAGUAACAGUUGAAGAAUACCUGCCAGAAGAUUUGACAAUGGACGAAGUGGUACCAAAGAAUCUACGAAAUAAAAGUCAUAUAAAACAAACAUUAAAAAUAGGUGAAAAUACUGCACAGCAUGAUAGUUUUCUAUCAAAAGUGGUCGAUUCGACAUUAAAAGAACUAAAAAAAGUAUAUGAAGUGGCAAUUAAACCUUUGGAAAUGACUUUCAAGUACAGAGAUCUGAGUAACAGACAUUUCGGAGAGCCAGAAAUAUUCUCUAAACCACUCAUUCUGUUUAUGGGACCUUGGAGUGGUGGUAAAUCUUCAAUAGUUAAUUAUCUUUUAGACAUUGAACAUUCUCAAUUUGCAUUAAGAACUGGAGCGGAGCCAUCUCCAGCGUAUUUCAACAUUAUGAUGUAUAAUAACCGCGAAGCGAUUCUAGACGGAACGCAAUUAGCAGCCGACUGGACGUUUUCGGGUCUUCAGAAAUUCGGACAGGGUCUGUUGGACAAACUCCGUGGACUCAAGUUACCCCAUCCUUUGUUAGAGAAGGUAAACAUCGUAGAGAUUCCCGGAAUAUUAGAAAUGCGUAAGCACGUGGACCGUGUGUUCCCGUUCAACGAUGUGUGUCAGUGGUUCAUCGACAGGGCUGACAUGAUAUUCUUAGUGUACGACCCGGCGAAAUUGGACGUAGGCCCCGAAACCGAAGCAAUAUUGGACCAACUUAAAGGCAGAGAAUAUCAGACAAGGAUAUUGUUGAAUAAGGCUGACAAAAUUCGAGCCGAAGAACUUAUGCGCAUACAGGGGACGCUCAUAUGGAACAUAAGUCCGCUCAUGUCCAGUGCAGAGCCUCCGGUCAUUUAUUCGGUGUCAUUGUGGUCAAACCCGUAUGAAAUCGGGUCUCCAGCCAGGCUUCUACAUUCUCAAGAACUAUCAUUCUUGAAAGACAUCCGUUCGGCAAUCGAUAGGCGCGUUGAAAGCAAGAUAGCCAGUGCUCGGCGAUUCGCGGUGAGGGUGCGAAACCACGCCAAGAUGGUCGACUGUUAUCUGACCACGUACUACAACCACAAGUCUUUCUUCGCAAACCGGAAGACCGUCAGCGACGACAUCAUAGAGAACCCACAGAACUAUCACAUCUACGAGGGCCUGAGCACGCUGACCAACAUAUCUAGAUACGACCUGCCCGAUCCGGACGUUUACCGAGACUUCUUCCGGCUGAACCCCGUGUACGAGUUCAAGCGGCUGUCCGACACAUGCACGUACUUCCGGGGUUGUCCGAUCAACAAGUUGGACAUGGCCAUUGCCUACGAUCUGCCCGACCUGAUCGGCCAAUACAAAAGACAAGAGGAGCAACUGGUGACGGAGGUGCCGUGA